UUUCCUGUGGUUAACUUUACUUCCUGUAUAGUACUUUUCUGUUAUUGUGGUUUCUGUUCAUUAGUAGGUUCUUUCUGUAUAGUUGUUCUUUGUUCCCUUUGUGCCUAGCUAUAGGGGCCCACUCCAGGCGGCUCUUUGUGUAUGGGAGCCUCUGCUCCACUGCCUUUUGUCUUGUACAUACUUAUACCUUUGUUCUUGUGCAUUUUAUCAGUUGUUGAAUACGAUUUCACUAAACUCAAAUGUCUGCAUGAACCUGCGACAUAACAAUUGGUGACAAGGAUUACAACGGCAACCAAACCAAGUACUACCCCAUGGCUCAUCUCUCAAUCGGCACUAUUGGCUCCUUCCAACCCAGCACGGAGGAUUGGAAAGCGUAUACAGAGCGAUUUGAACUACAUUGAUGAUGCAGACAUACGUCGUGCAACACUUCUCACUGUGUGCGGACCGUCAACGUAUGGACUCGUCUGUGAUCUCCUUGCUCCCGCUGCUCCUACCGAAAAAACAUUCGAAGAACUUGUUGCUCUGGUUCAGGAACACCAGCAGCCUACACCCUCACCCAUCGUCGAGAGGUACACUUUCUUUACAAGAGUGCAACACUCAGGAGAGACGAUCAAUGACUAUGUGGCCCAGCUCCGCAAGAUUGCUAAACACUGCCAGUUUGGCGAAACCCUCAACGACAUGCUCCGAGACCGUAUUGUUUGUGGAUGUCGAGACAAGAAGCUCCAGUACAAGCUUUUGGCUGACCCUGCACUCACCUUUGACAGCGCUCUGGCUGUUGCAAAGGCAUCGGAACUAGCCGAUCGUGGCACCAGAAAUUUCUCUGGACAGGACGCGUCUGUAAACCGUCUAUUGGACAACCGUCAACGCAAGCCACCACCCCCUCGGGAGAAACCUCCCUCAAUUGGCCCAACACAACCGUGUUUUCGUUGUGGUGCAGCUCAUCCGGCAACUACGUGCAAGUUUCGCACAAGCACUUGUCACUACUGCAAGAAGCAAGGGCAUAUCUCAAAGGUCUGCAGAAAGAGAACAAGAGACUCAAAAGCAGACAAAACUGCAUCUAGAUCUACUAACCAGCUGACUGGUUCUGAUGAUGAGGAGGAGGACACAGAUGAGUACCGCUUGUUCUACUCCUCCGCUGGCCGCACUCAGCCAAUCACUGUACCUGUUACUCUCAAUGGACUGGAUACUACCAUGGAAAUUGACACAGGUGCAGCCCUCUCUGUGAUGAAUGAACACACAUACCGAUUGCUGUGGCCUAAACGGAAACCCCCUCUCAAACCCACUUCAAUCCGACUCAAGACCUACACUGGUGAGCACAUUGUGGUAAAGGGCAUAAUUCGUGUGCAUGUUCUGUACCAAGCACAGCAGGCUGAAUUGGAUCUCCUUGUUGUUGCUGGCAAAGGACCCUCCUUGCUUGGACGAGACUGGCUGGAGAACCUAAGACUGGAUUGGCACAGCAUUAAAUACUCAACGAUUGUGGCCGACGAUCUCCAGGAGAUCUUGGACAAGCAUUCCACAGUGUUCGGGAAGGACCUCGGGCACAUCAAGGAUGCUCCUGCCACUAUUCAUAUUGAUCCAGCGCACAAACCUCGAUUUUGCAAGGCCCGUCCUGUUCCCUACUCUCGCCGCUCGAAAGUGGAGAAAGAAAUCUCACGUCUCGAAGAACAAGGCGUUAUUGAACCGGAGUUCUCCGAUUGGGCAGCUCCUGUCGUACCGGUGGUCAAGAAGGAUGGCUCUAUCCGACUGUGCGGUGACUACAAGGUUACUGUCAACACUGUGGCUAAACCUGACACUUACCCUCUACCUCGUAUUGAGGACAUCUUUGCCUCUCUGGCAAAUGGUAAAUCAUUUACUAAGUUAGACCUUGCACACGCCUACCAACAGAUCUCACUGACGGAGGAAUCCAAGGUCCUGAUGACUGUCAACACUCACAAGGGUCUCUUUCGGUACAACCGUCUACCGUUUGGGGUCUCAGCUGCUCCAUCGAACCAUGGAGAGCCUCAUGUGCAGGGUCUACCUCACGUAGUGGUGUAUAUUGACGACAUCCUCGUGACAGGAUCCACUGAAGAAGAGCACCUCCGCACUCUAGAAGAAGUCCUAGACAGACUUGAGAAGGCCGGAGCUCGCCUGAAACGUGAGAAAUGCAGAAAUGCAGAUUCAUGCUUCCCAUGGUGGAGUACCUAG